AGCUUGUAAUAAAAUAACCCCGACGGUCAUCGUAUAUAAACGCAAACAGACCCAGCUACCCAAACCACAGCUUCAUCUUCUAUAACCAUUCAAUCCCUUUCGACAAUCUCAACAGGCAAAAACCCUAGCUAGUUAGCUACGUCCAUUUCCAAACAAGAUGUUUGAAGAGAUAGACUUGGAGUCAGAUUUCGCUUUGUUGGAAUCCAUUCGCCAGCACCUUCUCGAAGAUAACUUCGACACCAUUUUUGAUCUGGAAGCAUCAUCGACAACAGCUUCGGACUCUCCUCGUCCUCCAAUCUACUGCCGCAGUUUCAGCUUCGGCACCCUUUUCUCGGCAGAAAAUUGUAGCGACUUGGCGAAAGUGGAAAGCGACAGCGACGAUGUAGUCCUUUCCGGUGUCAUGCUUGAUGAAGUUACGGCAUCAGCAGUGAAAGUGGAGCCUCGAGAGGUGGUAGAUGUUGAAGAGAAGGAGAGUGCGGUGGCGCGUGAAACUCACGUGGCAUCGUCGGGGAGGCACUUUCGUGGUGUGAGGCGGAGGCCGUGGGGAAAGUACGCUGCGGAGAUUAGGGACCCCAAGAAAAACGGCAGCAGAGUUUGGCUUGGGACCUACGAAACGGCGGAGGACGCCGCAUUGGCUUAUGAUCAAGCCGCUUUUAAAAUGCGCGGCUCCAAAGCCAAGCUCAACUUCCCUCACCUUAUCGGCUCCGGGGGGUCGCAACCGGUUAGAAUAACUCCCAAGCGCCGGUCCCCGGAAUCAUACUCGUCAUCUUCGUCUUCCACUUCGGAAAGCUGCUCACCAAAGCCCAAAAAGCAAAAGCCCGGAGUCGGCCUGGUGGCAGCUGAAACUGAGUGCGUUGGCUCGAGCCGAGCGGAAAUAGUAGAGACGAGUCAGCUGGCUGUUGUUGAUCAGUGGCUUAAUGAUUUUAAUACUACAGAGGUGUCCAUGUCCGAAGAAGUAACGAUCAGUGGUUAUGAAUAAUGCCGGUUAAUUGAUUAGAGUUAGUUAUUUUCUAAUUGUAAAGUUGGGUUUUUUUCCUCACCAACCUUAGUUUUGUUACUUUGUACAUGAGAUCCGUUCAAUGGAUGCUGAAAUAAAAGGCUGAGUUUACCGUU